AUGGAUGGAGAUGAUCAAUUGAAAAAGGAUGAAGAUGAUCGCAGUAGUACAUCGUAUUAUGUCCAAGUUAAAGGAAUUGAUCCCGAACGCAAUGUUAAAAAAUUACGAAAAUUAUUCGGUGUCUCGCACACCAUACAAAAGCAGACUGCCCGCCGUUUAAGUGUAACCGAUCAGGAGAGAGAAGAGGUUGAACGCAAAAGACUGCAACAUUUCAAAGAAUUGAGACAACAGCGCAUCUCUUCGCUUGGUGCCAAUCACCGAUAUGUUCUGGAAAUAGUGGCCGAUCUUAUGGGUACUGAUACGGAGGAAAUAAUAAUGGGAGCCGUAGACGAUCCCGCCUUUGUUGACUUAUUAUCGGGAAUAUUCGAAAAUGGGGGGCCACGUUCUUGCAUGAUUAGUUAUGCCUCAAUGCAGGGUUAUCCUCCGGAGUCGGGUCGUUAUGUUGAGAGUAUGAAAAGGCAAACUGUUAAACGUACUAUUAUUCGAGGUAGCGAUAAUGUGGAGUUAUUCGGCAAAUGGGUGGUGGUAUAUAGGAAUAAUAAUAAAAAGAAUGUGGAUAAUCGUACUGUAUCCGAUGAUGUGGCCUUAUUUUGUUGGGAUGCCGCCAAGAAAGACUUAUGUUUAUAUGUGAUUAAAGAGUUUGUAUAUCGUAUAUUGACUAGAUCUUUAGAAGCCGUUUCAGAAUUUGGCGUUGCCGAAAUGGAACAAAAGAAUAAAUUUUUCCACACUCUCAAUAUGUUUAAUAUAUUUCUGAAAUCUUCCGAAGCUACUGCAUCAUCACGAGUUAACUUUGAAGUUUCUCAUGAACUCUUCAAAGGUUUCCUGCUGGUGAAAUUUCAAAUAGAGGCCAGUGCGAAGGAUGUUAAUCGUGUUCGUUUGGUUGAACGUUAUUUCGGUCAAUGGCUUCGCCAAAUCCAAGGUAUUCUAGUGGAGGGAAAACAAAUUCUAAGAGAUGCUCCCGAUGUUGGUCCUCUACAAAUGUUGGUCAAUUGGCGGCGUAUGUUAGCUCGUUAUACGUCCAUUAAGGAAUUUGUUUCGUCUCAGGCUUUCAAUAAUCACAAGACUUGUUUGAUUCUAUCAAGAUCUUCGAAACUUUUAAAGAAAUGGGCAGAAAUUGAUAAUCAAGUAACAUUGGUUUUAAACGAGGCAAAAGAUAAUGUUCGUUAUAUAACCUCAUUGCAAAAAUUUUGGGAUCCUUUAUACAGAUCACCACCAGAUGGAAUUAUUAGCAGUUUACCCGGUCUUAUGGUAGCCAUACGUAAUGUCUCCAAAACAGCACAUUACUUUAAUACACCCACAAAUGUAACUGGACUUUUUGUCAAGAUAUCAAAUCAGUUAACUAUAGUUAGUAAAAAUUACCUAACCGAUUAUGGGCGCCUAAAUCUAUGGAAACUGGCACCAAAUGAUGUUAUAGCAAAAAUUGAAAAAUGUCGUAAUGUUAUGCAAAGCUAUAAGGAACAAUAUUUUAGCACUUGUCGUGAUAUGUCUGAAUCGAAUGAAAAACCUUGGAUCGUAUCCUCGGUUUAUAUAUUUACUUGUCUGGAGAAGUUCUUAGAACGAUUAGAUAAGAUAAAAACUAUAUUCAAUGUGGAGAUAACUUACUCGGUUCUAGAUCGCAUACGUAUUAGUGGUAUGGAAAAAUUUAAUGCUAUUAUUAAGGGCGCUAGAGCUACGAUCAGUUCAAAAGCUUAUGAUCCUUUAAAUUAUCGUGUGGAUCUAUUCGAUAAAGAUUAUGUUAAUUUUAUUAAAGAAUGUGAACAUGCUGAAGUGGGCAUGCAGCAAUUUGUUAAACAACAGAUUGCUGAUGUUCCUAUAACCGAGUCGGUUAUAUUGAUUUUACAGAGAUUUGAACGUUUAAAUUUGGAAUGUUUAUGUUUGGAUCGUCGUUAUUUAGAGGUGGCUGAAAUGUUGGAACGUGAAAUGUUUUUGCUUAAAGAUGUUUACAAUGAAGAACGUGGUAAUCCUUUUAUACCCCGCAAUAUGCCUCCGGUAGCGGGACGUAUAAUGUGGAUACGUUCUAUUUUUCAAAAAAUCGAUGAACCCAUGAAGAUACUAAAGAAGCGUCCUUGUGUAUUGGCCCACAAAAAAGCCCAAAGAGCAGUCCGCUAUUAUAACUAUAUGAAUGGCAUUAUAUGUCAUUACGAAAUGACUUACCAUAAGGCUUGGUUUGACUAUUGUGAAGAAGUUCGCUGUCUUCUUAAUUCUCCCAUACUUAUUUGCAAUAAACAAUUAGCCGAAUAUAUAGUAAAUCUGGAUCCGUCCAUUAGACAACUGAUCAAAGAAACUGAAUGGAUGUGGAAAUUGAAGCUAGAAGUACCGAAUAUAGCAGCAGUGGUGACCUAUUGCAAAGAACGAAUUUUGAAACCGGCAGAGGCAUUGAAAUAUGCCAUACAACGUUUCGAUAAUUUACGUUUGAAAAUUACACCGGUUUUUAUUAAUAUAAUGCGUUUUCGUUUGCAAGAAAUUGCUCUACUUUUGAAACCAGCUCUAUCGACGGUUACGUGGUUGUCAGAAAAUCUAGAGGAUUUUGUUGAAAGUGUGGAGAGGAAAAUCGACGAUGUAUCACUCUUUUACAAAACUAUUCUCAAUAUUGAUGCCAUACGCAUAACAAAAGAAAUGGCUUCCUUGCAAGAUUUUCUCUACAUGUAUGUACCGCCAGCGCCUGUAACAUCUGAAAAAUUCUACGAAAAUUGCAAUAAUUUACGCAUGGAAAUCGAAAAAGAACUGGAAAAGAAAUCGGUAUGCAUGGAACGUGCAGUCAUCGAUUUGUGUAAUAUGUUUGUUGAACUACUUAAUUUCGGGCCUACUGAUUCAAAGGGACGACGAAACUUUCAGUUGCCGCUUGAUAAAAUCAAUGAUAGCAAUUAUCGUGCCGAAGGACAAAUGCCUAUUGACAAAUGGGAUUGGAUACAGUUUCAGAAAAUAUAUCGUACAAUUUAUUUGGUACCCGAUGAUAUACUCAAGACACUACAAUUCAAGAACUAUGAAAAUAUACGCUAUGAAUUGAAUCAUUUGCGCAAUGAUUGUAUGGAUUUGUUUUCAUAUUAUAAUUCAAAAAUGAUAUCGGCCUUAGUGAGUUGUUCGAAGAGAUCUCUGGAUUAUGUGCGUCAUAAUAUUUUAAGAACCAAUUGGCGCACUCAGCCUCAAUCACCGAUUUUGUAUACUCAAUUAGAUAUUGAUUUGGAAAGUGGUUGUCGCAUUGAGCCUAAUAUGGAAGUUAUGCAAACUGAUUUCCAUCGUGCUGUUUUAAAUUGUACAGAAAUAAAUUAUUUCGUUACCACUUGGGGUAAACAGGCCAAAACACAUGAGAGACGUUUAAGACGGGUUACAGUAGAUGAAAAUCGUUAUGAACGCAACUAUUUUCGUUACGUUAUCGAACAUAAAGAUAUUAUGAGAGCUGUUCAAAAUCUCGCUAAUGGUCUGAUGAUGUUUAAACAGGAUAUCGAUGAUUAUCUUAAAUAUAUUUUCGAUAAGCAUAAGUAUUUAUGGGUUUCGAAUCGUGACAAGAUUAUACAAGAAUUUGUAAAUACAAAUCCCUUAACUGUCGACAUACGAGAUAAAUUUAUUUAUUACGAUAAUAUAACUAGCGAAUUGGAGGAAUGUAAAAAGAGACAUUGUAUAGGACCAAUUGAAUUAAGAAUGGAAAAAGCAUUUGAUAAAUUUGUGGAGGAAUCGAAAAAAUGGAAAACUUUAUGUGGUCAAUUGUUAAGUGCUCAAUAUAAGAAACAAUUAGAUGAAAUGGUGGACUUUAUAGCUGAACAAGAGAAUAUUUUAGCUAAACCUAUCAAUGAUUUGGAUGAUGUACGUUUGGCCAUGUUGUGUUUGGAGAAAAUUCGAGAUAACUUUAUACAAAUGGACAUGAAUCUGGGUGUUAUAACCGAUGCCUAUGCCCUAUUUUCUCAGUUUAAUAUUUAUGUGCCUCAAGAUGAUUACGAUAAAGUGGAUAGUUUGCAGUUGUCCUUUAAUAAAAUGUUGGAAAAUGCCAAAAAAGUCUCUGAUCGUAUCUCUCAAAUGGAGGGACCUUUACUUAAAGAACUCAAUGAUGGUAUUGCUUUAUUCGUGCAAGAAUUUGAUCAAUUUAAUGCUGACUUUGAGGCUAACGGUCCCAUGGUUGAGGGUAUUUCUGCCAAAGAAGCCAGCGAUCGUGUGUUUCUAUUUCAAAAUCGUUUUGAUGAACUAUGGCGCAAGUAUGAAAUGUAUAGCAGCGGCGAAAAGCUAUUUGGUUUACCCAUAACGGAAUAUCCUCUAUUACAUCAACGUAAACGUGAAUUCAACUACUUGAAUCGUUUGUAUUCGUUGUACAUACAAGUGCUGAAAACUAUUUCCGAUUACUAUGAAAUGUCUUGGGCCGAAGUGGAUAUUGAAAAGAUCAGUUCUGAAUUGGCUGAUUUUCAAGUUAGAUGCCGUAAAUUACCUAAAGGCAUGCAAACGUGGCCGGCUUUUAUUGAUUUGAAAACCAAAAUCGAUGAUUUCAAUGAAACCUGUCCCCUACUGGAGCUAAUGACCAACAAGGCCAUGAAAGAACGUCAUUGGGUGCGUUUAAAUGCUCUGCUCAAAUCAGACUUUGAUCCCACUAGCAUUAAAUUUACCUUGGGCAAACUGUUGGAGGCACCCAUUCUAAAGCAUAAAGAAGAUGUGGAAGAUAUUUGCGUGGGUGCCAGCAAGGAAUUGGAUAUUGAGGCUAAACUCAAACAAGUUAUAGCCGAUUGGUCGUUGGUCAAUGUUCAGCUGGGCAUGUUCAAGACACGCGGUGAAUUAGUUUUGAAGGGUGGUGAGACCUUGGAAAUAAUUGCUUCUUUAGAGGACAGUAUAAUGGUUAUGAAUUCGUUGUCAUCUAACCGCUAUAAUGCCCCGUUUAAAAAGGAAAUUCAAUUAUGGUUAAGUAAAUUAGUUAAUACUGGGGAAAUCUUAGAGAAAUGGUUGAUUGUACAGAAUUUAUGGAUUUAUUUGGAGGCGGUAUUUGUGGGCGGUGACAUCGCCAAACAAUUGCCUUUGGAAGCUAAACGUUUUAGUAAUAUUGAUAAAAACUAUGUCAAAAUAAUGUAUAGAGCUCGUGAGAUACCCAAUGCCGUGGAAUGUUGUACGGGUGAUGAAAGUUUAGCUAAUGCCUUGAAUUGGUUACUGGAACAAUUGGAGACUUGUCAGAAAUCAUUGACAGGUUAUUUAGAAUCAAAACGUUUAUUAUUUCCACGUUUUUUCUUCGUAUCAGAUCCUGUACUAUUAGAAAUAUUGGGACAAGCAUCAGAUCCUACGUCUAUACAACCUCAUUUGUUGAGUAUUUUUGAUGCGGUGGCAUAUGUUGAUUUCCAAGAAAAAACGAACGAUGUUAUUGUAAAUCUUAAUUCGGCAAAUCAUGAAAAAAUCGUAUUGGAAAAUCCGGUACAAUGUGCAGGCAGCGUUGAAAUCUGGUUAAAUCGUUUACUAAAAGAAAUGCAGGAUACCAUGCGAACUAUACUGGCAGGAAUGGCUGUUAGCUUAAAUGAUCCCGAGUUUAACUUUGCUGAAGAGUUUCCCUCAUUUUGUGGCCAAGCCGGUAUAAUAGGUGUACAAUUGUAUUGGACCAAAGACGCCGAAUAUGCUUUAAGAAAAUGUCGCACGGAUAAGACGAUAAUGAAACGAACAAAUACGAAAUUUUUAAACUUAUUAAAUCAUUUUAUUGAUUUGACCGUUAAAGAUUUGACUGCUUUAGAUCGUAUACGUUUUGAGACAAUGGUAACCAUACAUGUUCAUCAGAGGGACAUUUUUGAUGAUUUAUGUCAAAUGCGCAUACGAACGGGAAGCGAUUUUGAAUGGCAAAAACAGGCUCGUUUUUAUUAUAAUGAAGAUAAUGAUGAUGUAAUAGUGGGUAUAACGGAUGUUAAUUUCAUAUAUCAAAAUGAAUAUUUGGGUGUUACUGAACGAUUGGCCAUAACACCUCUAACCGAUCGUUGUUAUAUAACAUUGGCUCAAGCUAUAGGCAUGUCUAUGGGCGGUGCUCCUGCGGGACCCGCUGGUACUGGUAAAACAGAAACUACUAAAGAUAUGGGUCGUGCUUUGGGCAAACUAGUGGUGGUAUUUAAUUGCUCAGAUCAAAUGGAUUUUAGAGGCUUGGGACGUAUUUAUAAAGGUUUAGCUCAGUCCGGAUCAUGGGGUUGUUUUGAUGAAUUCAAUCGCAUAGAGCUGCCUGUGCUAUCAGUAGCAGCUCAACAGAUUUACAUUGUGCUGACAGCUCGCCGGGAAAAGCGAACCUCAUUUAUAUUUAGUGAUGGUGAUUUGGUUACUUUAAAUCCAGAAUUUGGUCUUUUCAUAACUAUGAAUCCUGGCUAUGCUGGCCGUCAAGAACUGCCCGAAAAUUUGAAAAUAAUGUUUCGUUCAGUGGCAAUGAUGGUGCCUGAUCGUGCUAUUAUUAUACGAGUUAAAUUGGCCAGUUGUGGUUUUAAGGAUAAUUUGGUAUUAUCACGUAAAUUCUUUACCCUUUAUAAACUGUGCGAGGAACAGUUGUCAAAACAAGUCCAUUACGAUUUCGGUUUGCGCAACAUUCUAUCGGUGUUGCGUACUUUGGGUGCACAAAAACGUGCAAAUCCCAGUGAUACCGAAGAAACUAUAGUCAUGAGAGUUUUAAGAGACAUGAAUGUCUCUAAACUAAUCGACGAAGAUGAGGGACUAUUUCUAUCUCUCAUCGAGGACAUGUUUCCGGGUAUUAAACUUACCACUAAUACCUAUAAGGAUUUACAAAGAGCUUUAGUUAAAAUAACAGAAGAGUUGGGUUAUGUUAAUAAUCCGGAAUGGAAUCUUAAAGUAGUACAAUUGUAUGAAACCUCUUUAGUUAGACAUGGUCUAAUGUUAAUGGGUCCCACGGGUUCGGGCAAAACAAGUUGCACCAUAGCCAUGCUAAAAUGUUUUACCGAAAUGGGGCGUCCCCACAAGGAAAUGAGAAUGAAUCCCAAGGCUAUAACGGCACCUCAAAUGUUUGGUCGCCUAGAUGUUGCCACCAAUGAUUGGACUGAUGGUAUAUUUUCCACCUUAUGGAGACGUUCACUUAAAGUUCCUAAAAACCAAAACACUUGGAUUGUUUUGGAUGGUCCAGUCGAUGCUGUUUGGAUUGAAAAUUUGAAUUCUGUACUGGAUGACAAUAAGACAUUAACAUUAGCUAAUGGUGAUCGUAUUAAAAUGGCAGAAAAUUCAAAAUUGGUAUUUGAACCGGAUAAUGUAGAUAAUGCUUCGCCGGCUACGGUAUCACGUGUGGGCAUGACAUUUAUGAGUUCAUCAGUUUUAAAGUGGACUAUAUAUAUGGAAGCAUGGGUUCGCCGACAGCCAGCUUUCGAACAAGAUAUAUUUCGGAAAUGUUUUGCGGCCAUUUAUGAUGAGGCCCAUACUUUUUUGCAAACUAAACUUAUGGCUAAAAUGCGAAUCUUAGAGGCCAUCUAUAUAAAACAAUUAUUGGAAAUACUUGAUGGUUUAUUGGCCGAUUGCAGCAAUAGAUCAGAAAAGUACUUAGAACGUACAUUCCUAUUUGCCAUGAUGUGGACUUUGGGUGCGGUAUUGGAGAUAAAUGAACGCGAUAAAUUAGAAGAAUUCUUGCUUAAACAUCCAUCUAAAAUGAAAUGGCCUAAAAAACUACCUACUGAAAACAUAUUCGAAUACUAUGUGGAUGAUAGUGGCAAUUGGCAACAUUGGAAUACUCGAGUAGAAAGUUUUAUAUAUCCGGAAGAUAGUAUACCAGAAUUUGCUUCGAUUUUGGUACCGAAUGUGGACAAUGUCCGUACUGCUUUUCUUAUGCACAAUAUUGCCAAACAACGUAAACAGGUUUUGUUGAUAGGGGAACAGGGCACCGCCAAGACGGUGAUGAUAAAAGGUUAUAUGUCUAAUUAUGAUCCAGAGGUUCAUUUAUAUAAAUCCUUUAAUUUUUCGUCUGCCACUACGCCCAAUAUGUAUCAGCGCAUUAUUGAAUCAUAUGUGGAAAAGCGUGUGGGUACAACCUAUGGCCCUCCUGGUCAAAGAUCCAUGACUAUAUUCAUAGAUGAUAUAAACAUGCCGGUAAUAAAUGCCUGGGGUGAUCAAAUUACCAAUGAAAUUGUGCGUCAAAUGAUAGAACAACAUGGUUUCUAUUCUUUGGAAAAACCGGGUGACUUUUCCACCAUUUUGGAUAUACAAAUCUUAGCGGCUAUGAUUCAUCCGGGAGGAGGUCGCAAUGAUAUUCCUCAUCGCCUGAAACGUCAUAUGUCCAUUUUCAAUUGCACUUUACCCAGCAAUAAUUCAAUGGAUCAAAUUUUCAGUCAAAUUGGUUCGGGCUACUUUUGUUUGGCCCGCUUUGUCGAAGAAGUGGUAGAUGUUGUUCCGCUCCUAGUACCUUUAACUCGUAUUUUCUGGCAAAAUAUUAAAGCGAAAAUGUUACCAACACCUUCGAACUUCCAUUAUGUUUUUAAUUUACGUGAUUUAUCGCGUAUUUGGGAGGGUAUUUUAAAAGUGGCUCCAGAUGAAUGCCAAACGGUGUCGGAUAUUUUGAAAUUAUGGCGCCACGAGUGUACACGUGUAAUAGCUGAUCGUUUCACGGAUUACAAAGAUACCUUAUGGUUUAUAGAUCGUAUGAAAAAAGAUGCUAAAUCUCAUUUGGCUGAAUAUUGGGAAGAGUUCCCUGAGGAUGAGAGUUUCUUUGUGGAUUUCCUAAGAGAUCCACCAGAUGCUGGGGAAGAUGAUGAAGAUAUUUCCUUAGAACCUCCGAAGAUUUACGAAGAGAUUCCAAGCAUGGAAACGGUUAAAAAUCGCAUAUUUUGGUAUAUGGGUCAGUUCAAUGAAUAUGUACGAGGUUUUCAUUUGGACAUGGUAUUCUUCCACGAUGCUUUGGUCCAUUUAAUGAUCGUGUCACGUAUUAUUAGUAUGCCUAGGGGAAAUGCUUUGUUGGUGGGUGUGGGCGGUUCUGGCAAACAAAGUUUAACCCGUUUGGCCUCUUUUAUAGCAGGCUAUAAAUUUUUCCAAAUAACUUUGACUCGAGCCUAUAAUGCCGGAAAUUUAGUGGACGAUUUAAAAUAUUUAUACCGUACCGCUGGUUUGGAAGGUCAGGGUAUAACGUUUAUAUUUACCGAUAAUGAAAUUAAAGAUGAGGGUUUCUUGGAGUACAUUAAUAACAUAUUGAGUUCUGGGGAAAUAGCCAACUUAUUUGCCAAAGAUGAAAUGGAUGAAAUUUACAACGAAAUUAUACCCAUUAUGAAGAAAGUACAACCCAGAAGGCCUCCUACACAAGAUAAUCUUUAUGAUUUCUUUAUAUCCCGGGCACGUUCCAACCUGCAUGUGGCUCUCUGUUUUUCGCCCAUUGGUGAAAAAUUUCGGGUCCGUUCUUUAAAAUUUCCCGGUUUAAUAUCUGGUUGUGUUAUUGAUUGGUUCCAAAAAUGGCCGGAAGAUGCCCGUGUCGCUGUAUCACGUCAUUAUUUGCAGAAUUUUGAAAUUAUUUGUUCGGAUGAGAUCAAAGAACAAGUCAUAGACAUUAUGAGUUGGAUACAUGAAACUGUUUCAGAAGCUUGUAUUUCCUAUUUUGAUAGAUUCCGUAGAACUACCUUUGUCACACCCAAGUCAUUGAUAUCAUUUUUGGAAAGUUAUAAAAAACUAUAUAAGGAUAAACAGGUUAAUAUUGUAGUUUUAUCGGAAAGAAUGUCUUCCGGUUUGGAUAAGUUGGAUGAAGCGGGGGCUUCAGUGUCGGUGUUAAAGAAAGAUUUGGUUGAAAUGAAUAAAGUGAUAGUAGUAGCCACGGAGGAAGCCGAAGUGGUAUUGCAAACUGUGGCUGAGUCUACAGCAGCUGCCGAAAUAAUAAAAACCCAAGUGGCGGAGAAGAAAGCCCAAGCUGGGGAGUUAGUGAAAUUGAUAUCCGCUGAUAAAGAAGUGGCCGAGGCAAAAUUGGAAAAGGCCAGGCCAGCUUUAGAAGAAGCUGAAGCUGCCUUAAAGACUAUUAAAGCUGCUGAUAUAGCUACAGUGCGUAAAUUGGGUAAACCUCCUUAUUUGAUUACCCUGAUUAUGGAUUGUGUGUGUAUAUUGUUUCGUAAACGCAUUAAACCGGUAAAACCCGAUAUGGAGAAACAAUUUUUACAGAGUUCCUGGGAAGAGUCUUUGAAAGUUAUGUCCGAUACUAGUUUUCUGAGAAAAAUUGUGGAAUAUCCCACUGAUGUUAUCAAUGCCGAAAUGGUUGACCUAAUGUUGCCCUAUUUUAAUUAUAGUCUGUAUACCUUCGAAGCGGCCAAAGUGGCUUGUGGUAAUGUGGCUGGUUUAUUGUCGUGGACCAUAGCUAUGGCUAAAUACUUUGAAGUCAAUAAAGAAGUAUUACCCCUAAAGGCCAAUUUAGCGGUACAAGCAGCUAAAUAUGCCAAAGCUUCCAGUGAUCUGCAGGAAGCCGAAGAUCUAUUUGCCGCCAAAGAGCGUGAACUAGCCAAAGUGCAGCAACAAUUUGAUGAAGCAAUUUCUAAGAAAAAUGCUGUACUCCAAGAGGCUAAAAAAUGUCAAGACAAAAUGGAUGCAGCUACGGCUCUUAUCAGUGGUUUGGCGGGAGAGAAAAUACGUUGGACUGAACAAAUUGCUCAAUUUAAAAGUGAAACUGAACGUUUGGUAGGAGACUCUAUAUUACUAAGCUUUCUAUCCUAUACCGGCCCUUUCAAUCAAGAGUUUCGUACCGACUUACAGGCUCAAUGGUUGAAGCAAAUUUUUGAACGUUUAAUACCCAUAUCGAUGAAUUUAAAUAUCAUAGACAGUUUAACAGAUCGUACCCAAAUCGGAGAAUGGAAUCUACAGGGUUUACCCACCGAUGAAUUGUCUAUACAAAAUGGUAUUAUAGCUACCAAGGCGGUAAGAUUUCCUCUGCUGAUCGAUCCACAGUCGCAGGGCAAAGCUUGGAUUAAGAACAAGGAAAAGGAGAAUGGUUUAAUUGUAACCAAUUUGUCGCAUCGUUACUUCCGUACGCAUAUAGAGGAUGCCGUUAGUAUGGGUUUACCCGUCAUUAUAGAAGAUGUAGGUGAAGAAUUAGAUCCCUGUUUGGAUAAUGUAUUAGAUCGUAAUCUUUUGAAAGUGGGCACCACCUUCAAAAUCAAAUUAGGUGAUAAAGAAAUCGACUAUAAUGCCGCUUUUCGUUGUUAUAUAACCACCAAAUUACCCAAUCCUUCCUAUACACCCGAGGUAUCAGCUCGAACUUCUAUUAUAGACUUUACUGUAACCAUGAAAGGUUUAGAAGAUCAAUUACUGGGUAGAGUUAUUCUAACAGAACGUAAAGAACUCGAAGAAGAACGCACAAAUCUAGUGGAGACUGUUACGGGAAAUAUGAAGAAAAUGAAAGAAUUGGAAGCUAAUUUACUGCAUAAGUUAUCCACUACCCAGGGCAGUUUGUUGGAUGAUGUUACUGUCAUAGAGGUACUGAAUACCAGUAAAAACACGGCCAUAGAAGUCAAUGAAAAAUUGGAAAUUGCCAAAAUAACUGAAGCUAAAAUAAAUAUAGCGCGUGAGGAAUAUCGUCCAGUGGCUACACGUGGAAGCGUUUUGUAUUUUUUGGUCUGUACCAUGGCCAAAGUAAAUAUGAUGUAUCAGACUUCCUUGGUACAGUUUCUCGAUCGUUUCGAUGCCAGCAUGCAUUUAUCAGCCAAAACCCAUAUAACGCAGAAACGUAUUAAACGUAUAAUCGCCUAUUUAACAUUCGAGAUUUAUAGAUAUAAAUCACGAGGACUUUAUGAAAAAGAUAAAUUCUUAUUUGUCUUACUAAUGGCUCUCAACAUAGAUCGUCAAAUGGAUCUGGUAAGCUAUGAAGAGUUUCAAAACUUUAUUAAAGGUGGAGCUGCCUUAAAUCUAAAUGAUUGUCCUCCGGUACCUUUUAAAUGGAUUACCGAUGAAACUUGGUUAAAUUUGGUUCAACUAACAAAUUUGGCUCCAUGUCCAUAUUUGAAUAAGGUGUCGAACAAUGAACGUGCCUGGUUUCAUUGGUACAAGAAGGAGUGUCCUGAAAAUGAAACUAUACCUGAUGGUUAUAAUGCUCUCGAUCCUUUUCGUAAACUUUUAUUAGUGCGCUCCUGGUGUACGGAUCGUACUUUAUCACAAAGUCGUAAAUAUAUAGCCAGUUCAUUGGGAGAACGCUUUGCAGAACCGGUUAUAUUAAGUUUUGAUGGUUUAUUGACGGAAAGUAAACCUCUUAUACCCAUAGUUUGUUUUCUAUCUAUGGGUUCCGAUCCGUCAUCGAACAUAGAGGCUUUGGCCAAGAAAAACGAGCUUAAAUGUUAUCCUAUUUCCAUGGGUCAGGGUCAGGAGAUACAUGCCCGCAAAUUAGUGGCCACCUGCUUGGAAGAGGGCGGUUGGGUUUUGUUACAAAAUUGUCACUUGGGCUUGGAAUAUAUGCAUGAGCUGACCUUGUUACUACUCGAUUUGGAAAGACAAGAGGAAUCUUCUUAUAGUGCCAAUUUUAGGGUUUGGAUUACUACUGAGCCUCAUGAGAGUUUCCCAAUAACAUUGCUACAAAUGUCUUUGAAAUUUACCAAUGAACCACCAGCGGGUAUAAGGGCUGGUCUUAAGAGAACCUAUAGUAAUUUGUCUCAAGAUUUCCUAGAUUAUUCACAAUCAGUAUAUUAUCAUCCCUUGGUAUUUGCCAUAUCAUUUUUACAUUCAGUAGUUCAAGAACGUCGUAAAUUUGGUCCUUUAGGCUGGAAUAUACCCUAUGAAUUUAAUUCGGCCGACUGGUAUGCAAGCUGUUUAUUCGUACAGAAUCAUUUGGAUGAUUUAGAACCGGGAAAGGGUAUUAGUUGGAAUACGGUUCGUUAUAUGUUGGGUGAGGUUCAGUAUGGUGGUCGAGUUACCGAUGAUUAUGACAAACGUUUGUUGAAUACAUUUGGACGUGUGUGGUUCCAUGAUCAAUUAUUUGCCGAAACUUUUGAAUUCUUUAAGGGUUACAAAGUUUUAUGCUUUAAGGAACAAGAAGCUUAUUUGGCUGCCAUAGAAGAGCUACCCAAUAUUGAUCCACCUCAGGUGUAUGGAUUUCAUUCUAAUGCCGAAAUUACUUAUCAAACGAAUACAACGAGAUCUAUUUUAGAUACGAUUAUAUCAAUACAACCUAAGGAAUCUUCGAGUGGUGGUGGAGAAACAAGAGAAGACAAAGUAGCUCGUCAAGCAAAAGAAAUGCAAAGUAAAGCUCCUUUACCUUAUGAUCUAUUUGAGGUGAAAGAACGUUUAAGAGCAAUGGGUGCCCUGAGUUCCAUGAAUAUUUUCCUUCGACAAGAAAUUGAUCGCAUGCAAAAGAUUAUCAUAUUGGUUAGAUCCACCCUUAAAGAUUUACUUUUGGCCAUUGAGGGAACUAUUAUCAUGAGUGAACAAUUAAGAGAUGCUUUAGAUAACAUAUUUAACGCUCGAGUACCAGGCGUUUGGUUUGCGAGGCAGUUGGGUUUCAUCAACUCUGGGUUUUGUUUACCGAGUUGUGGAAAGAAAUGCUCAAUUCUAAUUCCUGGUGUUUUGGAAGUCGGUCCUGUGGUCUUUUGGAUGUCGGGAUUUUUAAUCCACAAGGAUUUCUCACCGCCAUGA